AAAAAGAACAUAAGUUUUAUAUACAUAUAAAAUUGUAUUAUUUCGCACAUGCGCGAAAGAAUUUACCAUGCGCUUUUCGUUGUCACCUACAUUGUCGAUAGUCGCAUUGUUUAGGCGGUCAGAUUUGUAUCUUUGAAGAAAUACGUGUUUGUAAUUUUAUCACAAUAAUAAAUGACAAAUAAUAUUAAUAAAAGAAAUUUAGACGCCGUCAAAGUUUGUUAAUAACACAUUUACAAUGGCUGGCAUUAUGCCAUUGUCAGGAAGACCCGGUAGAAAACAAUGGACGUUACACGGUGAUGGAACACGUGGUUCUCUUAGAAGAUUACGGUCUCAAAUGGCUGAAGACGGAUGUCCAGAAUCUCAAGUAGUUUUAGCCAAACAACUUUUGGAUGAAAGAUGUGAUUUGGACGUUGAUAAAGAAGAAAAUGCAAAACUGGGUGUUUAUUGGUUAACCAAAGCCUCGGAGCAAGGCAAUUUAGAGGCAACAGAAAUUCUUAAACAAUGUUUAGCUACUGGUCGUGGAAUCACCGAACACAAUUACUACGAUGUCAAAAACUGUUUGGAUAUGACACAAGAUGAAAAACUAGCUAAAAAAGCUGCUCGGGAAAUGUUUACUAGUUUAUCAAACGGUGAAGAUUUUAUUACAACGGAACAAUUACAAAGAUGUAUAAGGGAUGUGACAUUUCCAUCUAGUAGUAAAUUCAGUAGUUGUCAAUCAUCUAAGUCAUCAGCUAAUACUUCAGAUGAGAAAUUAAAUGAUGCUUUAAGUAAUAAAUUUACUAAAACUGAGCUUCCUGAAGAUAAUGCAUCUACGAAAGAAGAAAGUAAAGUACACAAUGUCACCUAUGACUGGAUGGGCCAUCAAAGUGAAAAAAUAACAGAAGCAGCUUUAGUAUCAGCAGCUACAAGCUAUGCUCAUGGAAUGCUCCCAAUGGUUUCUCGUACAUUAUGUAUGGUAGAUUCGCUUGAAAUGGAAUUAGCUACCAUUCCUCUUUUACAAAGACCAUUUAUUCAUCCGUUAGCAUCCUUAAAGUGUUUCUAUAUUUGGUUAAUAGAGAUGAUAGGUCAUAAGACUAGACCGAUCAUAAAAAUUCUUUUCGCGUCAAACAUGCAUAUACUUCUAUUACUUUUAUUAUAUUCCUUGUUCGGUACAGAAAGUUUAAUACUUUUCAUUCCAAUGGCACUCUAUUAUUUGUCUUUCAUUGUAAUGGUUAUUUCUACCUUUCAGAUGUUACACAGAAAGCAUAAGUUGAAUAAUUUCCGUGUUUGGUCGCGCUUAUUCCUCAGUUAUUCAGGUGGUAAUCUAAAUCCCGACGAGGCAGAGUAUCAAUUUUGUUGCAAUAAUUUAAAGCCCUAUGGUCAUUUUUUUCUCGCUUUAUUGCUUAAUCUAAUGAUUUACCCUGUCAUAGCUCAUCAAUGGACGCCGCAAUCAGAAUUUACUAUUAUUGCUGUUACUUUAACAUUAGUGACAUUACUCAAUUUUAUGUGGAAUAAUUCAUCAAAUUUUCCUGAUCUUUUAGCUCUCUUUAGUUUUUGCGUGCAUGUACUCGCAAAAUAUCCUUAUGAAUUAGAUAUUGUCGUAGCGCAAAGUUGGAGAUUCCUCGAUAUUAGAGUACCUACAUUUGCUUCCUAUGUUGUUGGUAAUGGUAUUGAAUUUUGCCUUAAUUUUCGUGUUGUUUUCUAUUUGUUGAUACCAGCAGUUUUCUGUAAAAUGGCUGCUAGAGACAAUUGGCGUGGGACAUAUAAAACUUUGAUUCCUCAUUGCGUCACCAUAAGCUGGUGGCAAAUAGCAAUAUUUAGUUCACAAAGUAGAACAUGGUAUGGUUUAAUUAGGGGUGCUCUCGCAUUAGUCGGUAUAGUACUUUUUCUCCCAAUCGUUGGUUUAGCUUCAAUUAUUUUGCCAAUUAUAGCAGCUGCAAAAUAUUUGUCCGAAAGCGAUUUAGCAAUGAGAAUAAUUGUAACUGCCAUACUCGGAGCGUUACCCUUCAUUGCAUCUUGGUACAUAAGAAGAUUAAGAACCCCAAGAUUUAAUUGGAUCAUUACUGUAGUCCAGCUCAUUUUAGGCACAAGCGCUGCUAUAUUUUUAUCAUGGCAAGUUAUAACGGAAUAUAAAGAAGAUUCGGAUAACAAUUCAUAUGAAAUUGCAUCUACGUUAUCGUGGGAGCAAUACCAAAAUCAUUGUCAUCAACCUGCAUGGGAAGAUAUAUCAUCGAAAGCACAAGUACAAGUAGAAUGUGCUCACUUGGAAGGCAUUCCAAUUUCAUGGGAAGGUUACGUAACAAACGUUAGAUUAAAAUCAAUUAAAAACAAUAUUGCUACAAUAUUACGCAUGCUACCUGACAGUAUUAGAACUACAUUCAGUUGUACAUAUGGUGAGCCAUAUAAAGAAAAUUGUGAUUCGUAUGACGAAGUACGUAGAAAAAAUUGUGAACACUUUGUAAAUAUUCAAAAGAAAAGGCAUAAGUGUCAUUUUCCUGCAUGGGAUCAAUAUGAAUUUGAAAUUUUUGUCAAAAUGAAAAGCGGUAUAUGGGGAAGUAAUGCAGAAAUUGUCCUCAUUGCGGAUCACUCGUUUACCAAUUUUAGUCUAAAUGUAUAUCCACAAGAUAAAAUUUGGUUUUCUGGCACUCUAUCGAACACAGGUUUAGAAAAGGAAUCAUUACUUGGCGGUGGAGAACCACACAUUGAAUUAGACGAAAUUAGUUGUUUAGCUUGCCAUUCUGUUGACCUAAAAUCUUUUAAACGACACAAACAUCACAUAACAUUAAGUUCAAUUGUCAAUAACUUUUGGCUUGGUAUAAAGACUGUUCUUAAUUUUCUACUAAAUCCUAUUGUUCUAUUUAAGUAAUUCUCAUACAUUCGUUACACAGGAAAAAGAACUAUUUAUUUUAAUUUCAUUGGAGAUUGUUUGAAUUAUCACACUUUUUUCUUUUAAGAAAGUAUGCACUAUCUAUAUAUUCAAAAAAUUAACAAGUAUUUUUUUUUUAUUAACGCCUCGUAUGAGAAAAACUUCGUAAUAGCCAGUCUUUAGUAAAAAUUAUGAUAGUUAUGUACCGAAUAACAAACAUAAUAUAAUUAAGCACACACUUAAAUCUUACAAUCAUGUCUUAUGUUACCUUUAUCAGUUAUUUUAAAUUCAGAUUUUAUUCUGAAAUAUAUCUAUUUUAUAAAAUGUGAAGAUAUAUAUUUAUACUAUAUAUAUUUUAAGAAUGACAUUUAUUACUAUACUUUACUGCCAUUGAAACAAAACAAAAAUGAUGAAAUGCUUAAUAUUUUUCUAUUAAAUUUUUAGAAUAUUAGAAAAAAUAAUAAUUAUGAAUUUAAUUUGAUUUAAUAUACAAAAUUAUUUUAGAUUAUAGAUACUGAAAUUUAAUUUAAUUAAAAUAAUUAAUAUACUUGUGAAAUAUUUUUAUUUUUCCAAAAGAUAAUAGUACGCAUUAACUAAAUUGUAUCAAUAAAUCGCUCCUAGAAAUAGCAAUAAAAAAAAGUUAUUAUAACAAGACAAAGUCCUAAUAAAAAGAGGAAGAAGAAAAAGAAGAA